AUGGGGAAAGUUAUAUCGGGCCCGCCGCGGCCGCACGACAACCCGUUCGGCAUGGACACCAUCCUGGGCAGGCGGCCCGCCGCCGAGCCGGCGCCCUCGCUGUCCGGCCUCGGUGCACUCCAUCUGCACCCGGACGUGUUCGGCGUGCCGCGGCCACUCUGUCCGGGCCUCUCGUGCCUGGCCAUGCCGCCGCGCGCGCUCACCUCGCCCGCCAAGCGGAAGCGCCGCCACCGCACCAUCUUCAGCGAGGAGCAGCUGGAGCAGCUGGAGGAGACGUUCGAGAAGACUCAUUACCCGGACGUGCUGCUGCGCGAGCAGCUGGCCGUGAAGGUGGACCUGAAGGAGGAGCGCGUCGAGGUGUGGUUUAAGAACCGGCGCGCCAAGUGGCGGAAGCGGCGGCGAGAGGAGCAGGAGAGCCGGCGACCGGCGGCCGACCCACGCGCGUCACCUCCGCCGCUCGGAGCCGGCGCCACCGCCGCGCCGCUAGACACCGCCGAAGACGAGGCCCUCCAGGUCGACUAGGCCCAACCGACACCCGAAAGCGAGGCCCUUCAGACCGAUUAGGCACCGCCCAGCACCAGGAGACGAGACCCUCCAGAUCAACUAGGCCCCGCCCGGUGCUCGAAGACGAGGUCCUCCAGGUCGAUUAGGCCCCGCCUGGCGCCCGAAGAUGAGGUCCUUCAGGUCGGCUAGGCCCCGCCCGGCGCCCGAAGACGAGGCGCUCCAGGUUGAAUAGUUCCUCGGGUGCGAGGGGCCGCCGGAACUGCGGUGCUCGGGAAGAGGCGUACGGCGCGUGCGGGCGAGAGGCAUUACUUCGUCAGGGUGUGGUCUGUGUUGUGUACAGUUAAAGAGAGGAUUCCAUAUUCAUAUGGGGUUUAACUGAAAUAAACAUAUUAAUACUUUUCAGUGCUGCUUGCAAACCUGCCCUUCUUAAGACCUAGGCCCGUCUAGUUUCUGAGGUACACACCCACAAAAUGAGAUAAGGUAUAUCGGUAAGAGUAUUUCAAAGUCAACUUGGCAUUCAUGACGUCAUAAUAAAGUCGUCAAAAUCCUGCCAUUCCAUA